AUUUUAAAGUUCAGACUAAACGCACCCCAUCCUUUCCUUGUGAAUCUUUUCCCUUGCUAGUCGUCCCUGUCACUUCAAAUGAACCCCCUCCUCUCCCUCCACAAUCAAAACCCCUCUACUUGAACCCCUGCUCCCUCCCCCUCUCUCUCUGCUCCCCUCUUUCUCGAAUUCUGCUCACUCUCUCCUGAAACCCUGCGCUCUCUGUAUAUCUCUCUUCCCCGUUCUAGCUGUUGAAGCCCUUCUAUCUCUUUAAAUUCGUCUCUCCCUGCUGCCUUCUGCCUUUUCUCUCUCUCUAAAAAGCCGCUCCCUCCCGCCUCUCUCUCUCUUCUGUUGGUGCUGAGGGACAAAAUGGGGAAGAAACGGAAGUUGCCUUCCAAGUCUGCUUCUGCAGAAGACACAGAGGAACCCACAGAAAACAAGAGAGCAAUAGUGAGAGCCGAAGUAUCAAAGAGCAGCAAUAAUAAGACGAAGAAGAAGCAGAAGAAACCAAAGGGAAAAACUGGCAACAAAGAAGACCCCGACAAACCCAAGAAGCCACCCACUGCUUUCUUCUAUUUUCUGUUAGAUUUCAAGAAAGGCUAUCAAGAGCAGAAUCCACAUGUCAAAUCAAUGCGAGAUAUUGGCAAAGCGUGUGGAGUGAAAUGGAAAGCCAUGUCAUAUGAGGAAAAGGUUGAGUACUAUGAUAUAGCAACAGAAAAACGUGCAGAGUUUGAAAAAGCAAUGGCCGCAUAUGUGGAGAGAAGGGAAAGUGGUGAAUAUGAUGAAGACUGAUCUCCCUCAAAGUAAACGGAGACUGAUGGUGUAACUAACUUAUUCAUCAAGUACUUCAACUUUCCUGGGUUGGUAGAAGUGUUGCACUUUAUCAGCUUCAUCAUCACCUUGUUCAAUACAUACUUAGUUGUACUUUGUCAUUGUUGUCUUUCUAAUUCUAUCUGAAAUGUAUAUUCUUGCAUGGGAAUCCUCUUGAGGGAAAAUGACCAUGAGAUUGACUGUUGCUGACCAUAUCCCUGUUCUAUCAUUCUAAUUUUUGUGGGUUCGAA